AUGGGCAACCAGACAGUACCUGGCCAGUACACCAAGCGCUGCUGUAAAGGUUUCUGCAUCGACAUCCUGAAGAAGAUCGCCAAGCAGGUCAAGUUCACCUAUGACCUCUACCUGGUCACCAACGGAAAGCACGGCAAGAAGAUCAACGGCACCUGGAAUGGAAUGGUCGGGGAGGUGGAGCAGAAGAAGGCCCACAUGGCCGUGGGGUCGCUCACCAUCAACGCGGAGAGGUCCGAGGUCAUUGACUUCUCCGUGCCCUUCAUCGAGACGGGGAUCAGUGUCCUGGUCUCCCGUAGCAACGGCACUGUCUCCCCCUCCGCCUUCCUUGAGCCGUUCAGUGCGGACGUGUGGGUGAUGAUGUUUGUGAUGCUGCUGCUCGUGUCAGCGAUUGCUGUGUUUGUGUUUGAGUACUUCAGCCCGGUCGGCUACAACCGCUGCCUGGCAGACGGACGAGAGCCCGGUGGCCCCUCCUUCACCAUCGGGAAGGCCAUCUGGCUGCUGUGGGGCCUGGUUUUCAACAACUCUGUUCCCGUCCAGAACCCUAAAGGCACCACCAGUAAGAUCAUGGUGUCGGUGUGGGCCUUCUUCGCUGUCAUCUUCCUGGCCUCCUACACUGCCAACCUGGCUGCCUUCAUGAUCCAGGAGGAGUAUGUGGAUCAGGUGUCGGGCCUCAGUGACAAUAAGUUCCAAAAACCCAACGCCUUCUCCCCGCCAUUCCGUUUCGGAACGGUGCCCAACGGAAGCACGGAACGGAACAUCCGCAACAAUUACCCGGAGAUGCACCAGUAUAUGACCAGCUUCCACCAGAAGAACGUGAACGAGGCCCUGGCAAGCCUCAAGGGAGGUAAAUUGGAUGCCUUCAUCUACGAUGCUGCUGUGUUGAACUACAUGGCCGGGAGGGACGAGGGCUGUAAACUGGUGACCAUCGGCAGCGGGAAGGUGUUCGCCACCACCGGUUACGGCAUCGCCAUCCAGAAGGACUCUGGCUGGAAGAGAGCGGUGGACCUGGCCAUCCUCAUGCUGUUCGGCGAUGGAGAGAUGGAGGAGCUGGAGGCUCUGUGGCUGACGGGGAUCUGCCACAAUGAGAAGAACGAGGUGAUGAGCAGCCAGCUGGACGUGGACAACAUGGCAGGUGUCUUCUACAUGCUGGGGGCGGCCAUGGCUCUGUCGCUCAUCACCUUCAUUGCCGAGCAUGCCUUCUACUGGCAACUGCGCUUCUGCUUCAUGGGCUACUGCACCGGCAAGCCAGGCUUUACCUUCUCCAUCAGCAGGGGCAUCUGGAGUUGUAUCCACGGGGUCCAGAUCGAGGAGAAUAAGUCGGCCAUGGACUCUCCAUCGGCCACCAUGAACAUGAACAUGAACAACACCCACUCCAACAUCCUGCGACUGCUCCGCACAGCCAAGGACAUGACCGCCAUCCCGGGGGUCAACGGCUCGCCGCACACGCACGGCGCCCUGGACUACGGUGGCCACCACCGUGGCGAGUCGCCCAGCAUCUACGACGUCUCCGAGCACCGGCGCAGCUUGCAAGAGCGCAAGGCCCUGCCGCCGCCCUACCUGCCUGAGGACAACAUGUUCAGCGACUACAUCAGCGAGGUGGAGAGGACUUUUGGCAACUUGCCCCUGAAGGACAACAACCUGUACCAGGACCAUUACCUGCACCACCACUCAGGUCCGGGACCCGGGCUGGCUCUGGGUAUGUCCGGCCCCCCGCCUAACAGGCCGAGUAGCUUAGGCAGUACCAGUUCAUUGGAGGGAGGGAUGUUUGAUUGUGACAGUUUAGGGGGAGGGGUAGCGCCCAUAUUCACCACACAACCCCGCGUUGCCUCCUUGACUCACAGGAACACCAAUAAGUUUGACCUGAUCGCCGGCCACGCCUCGGCCUCAGGCUCCGGUCAGCAGGGGGGUCAGUUCAAGUCGAACGACCUCUACGGGAGGUUCUCUUUCAAAGGCGGGGCGUCCAGUUCUGGGUUUAUCGACAGGGGCGGUCACGACAGGUACUGCAUGGGUGGAGGAGGAGGGGGUGGCGGGGGCUCGGGGGGCGAUGAUGUGUCGGAUAUCUCCUCACACACCAUCACCUACGGCAAUCUGGAGGGCAACGCCAAGAGGCGUAAACAGUACAGGGACAGCUUGAAAAAGAGGCCAGCCUCAGCCAAAUCCAGACGGGAGCAGGACGAGAUUGAUUACCGGAGGCGAGCCCACCAACAUCACACCGUCCACCACCACUUCUCCCGCGGGCCCCUGGGACACCGCUCGGCCUCCCCACCCCUGGUCCCCUCUGAGCGGAAGAGAGGAGGUGGAGGAGGAGGGGGUAACUCUUCACCUUACUUAUUCCGCGACAAAGAAAAUCUGAGGGAGUUCUAUGCGGAGCAGGUCCUUUCCAAAGAGGGCUCUGCCAAGUGGGAGCAUGUGGAUGUGUCCGACGGGCCUUGUCCGAUGGGCGGUAGGGGAGGAGUCGCUGGUGGUAGUAGUGGUAGUGGCAUUUGUAAGAGCCUAGUGCCCGUGGAGGAUUUCCUGAAAGGUAACAAACCCAAGAAGUCAGAGGGUAAAAGUGGCGUCGUCGGAGGAAUGGGCUUGGGGUCGUCAGGGCAACAGGCCCACACGUGUUGGGAGAAGAACAUGUCUGAAGUGGGGGGUGGAGGCAUAGCAGGGGGUGACUGGGAGUGUCGGAAUCUCAGUGGUGGUGGUGGUGGGGGAGGAGGAGGGAAGUCCAUCUCUCACCAUGGGGGAGGGGGCACCUGUACGCAUGGGAGCGCUAGUGGCGGAGGGGGAGGAGGGGGUGGGGGCGCUAGUGGCGGAGGGGGAAAUAGUCGUCCAAGCUCUGCUUCUUGCAAACGGUGCGAGUCGUGUAAGAAACCAGGCAACCUAAGGGUGGGGGUGGCGGACGCAUGGGCGGGGGUGGAGGAGGAGGUGGAGGAGGAGGGGGAGGGGGGCAGCUCCUCCCACCCAGAAGCGUGA